CUUGCCCUAUCUAUAAGACCAUUACCCUUUCUUGCUUGUAUGUUACUAAUCAUUGUUUAUAUAAGAUAGAGAUUCUCAAAAUCUCACUCAUUUAUUUUCAGAAAAGAACGUAGCAUAUGCAUUUCUCUAUGUUUGCUUGCUGUAGCUGCUCCAGUCAUGGUUUUGUAACUUCUCUUCUUGUUUCUACGUUUAUCUCCAAGUUCAAUUCUUUUGUUGUCAGUGGUACAUAUAAUGUACUGCUCCUAAGUCCUUACUUCUAAGAUUCUCUUCCCACACCAUGGCUUCACUAGGCAACCCAAAAAGUUGGGUUCCAUACAUGAACAACAAAGACUGUUCUCAGGGAUUUUGUAGCUUGUACUGUCCACAGUGGUGCUAUGUAAUCUACCCUCCUCCUCCUCCCUUUGAAUUUCCCGAUGAUGAUUCAAGUCCAAAUUUCUCACCUCUAGUUAUUGCAGUCAUUGGGGUCUUGGUCAGUGCUUUUCUCCUUGUGAGCUACUACACCAUAAUAUCCAAGUACUGUGGCAGCAGAGAAUCUUCACAAAGCGAAAACCACGAAGAAAACGUUGAAUUGGAAGAGGAUCACAACCCUUCACUCCACGAGCCUUGGCAUGCUCCAACAAUUGGCUUAGAUGAGGCUCUGAUCAAGUCCAUAACGGUUUGCAAGUACAAGAAAGGUGAUGGGUUGGUUGAGGUAACAGAUUGCUCCGUUUGUCUAAGUGAGUUUCAAGAUGAUGAAAGUGUUAGGCUCUUACCUAAAUGCAGCCACGCUUUUCAUCUUCCUUGCAUUGACACAUGGCUCAAGUCUCACUCUAGUUGCCCUCUAUGUCGUGCUAGCAUAUUCACCUUCAAUGCUGCAGCACUUCAUGUUGCUUCCCCUGUCACGGAACCACCUUCAAGGAACGAUACUUCUUCAGGUAACCAACGUGCAGAUGAAAACAUUGUUGCUGUUGCAAGGGACAGUGAAUUAGAUGCUGUGGAAGGAGAAGUCACACUCACACAUGGUGGAGCUGUUUCAAAGAGUGCAUUGCGUGCUUUGAGUGAUCUAGGCAAUUUGAGAGGAAGGCAUAGUGUAAUUGAGAUUAGAGAUGAAGGGUAUGAUUCCAUUAGAAGGACGGUUUCUAUGGACCAUUCAUUUCAAAGGGGUAGUGGUCUUUCAAUUGCUGAUGUUCUGCAUGUGAAUCAAGAGCAUGAAGGGUGUUCUAAUGGGGCUGGUCCUUCAAAGAAUUCAAGAGGUGAAAGUAGCAAGUCUAGCUAUAGAAGAAAGGUUUUGCAUUGUGUUUUGAGUCCAAUUGCAAUGAAGAGAUCAUUUUCUAGUGGAAGGUUCUCCCUUAGCAGAAAUGGCAGAGGAAGGCAAUGGGUUCUGCCUGUCUAAGGAAUACCUUAAUGAUAUUUUCUUUUUCCUCAAUUUUUUUCUAUUCUCUUUCUUAUGAUGAUGAAGAUCAAGAGGUUGACCAAAUUUUUUAGUGAAGAUCUUAUGUUAAAUAUAAUUGAAUCUUUAUGUGGUAUAUUAAUCAGUGUGAUAUUAAUUGUAGCUGAAAUCAAAACUUUUUCUUUUCA